AUGCUUCUGAUGACGCAGAUGCAAAAAGGACACAACGAUGCGCUGGAGGUGUUGAAAGGAAGAAUCAUUUUCCUUGAGAACCAGAUAGAGCCAUACCGCGUCGAGCUGCAGGAGAUGCAAGAGCUGAAGGCUGCGCUGCAAGCAAAGAAGGAAGAGAACGACGAGCUUUCAGCAGCCUUCGAGGAGCUCGAGAGGGAGAGGAACACAGUUGUUGAAGACGUGAGGGAGGAAAUGCUGCACUACUUGGCCCAAGUGCAGGCAGAGCUGCGACACGAGAAGGAGGAGCAUGGGAAAUCGAGGGUGUCGCUCUCAGCAGCGAGGUCGGAGAUACGGAACCUGACGUCAUGGCUGAACGAGGCGCAAAAGGAGAUGUCGAAGCUGUUCAAGCUGACCAAGGUUCAACAUGAAGUGAUCCAGAGCCUAGAACGUGGGAAUCCAGACAAGCUCGCUUUCCCGCACUGCGGUGGAGAGCUCCUAGCAGGAGCGGGGGAGUAUGGAGCAGAAGCUUUGUCUCCUCCUGCGGAAGAUCGUUCGCGAAAGCAAGGUGCGGGGCCUCUACCUCUGCAGCACGAGCUUCCUGCCCGACCUGAGACGCGACUCCGUCGAGCGCCGCAUCCACAGCAUCACUCGCUCCCUCAACGUGACGGGACAACGCUUCCUCCCCGUGCUCACCGCCCUCCAGUGCUCGAUGAUCAUACCCUUCCACCUGCGGGUUGGCGAGUCGAUGCUGCUGUCCCUCACCCCGCUGCUGCUGCCCAUGGAGACGCACUGCAGGACUUGGGAGAUCAACAGGAAGCGCAUCGCGGUGGUAGCCAGCUUUUGCUGGAGGUGCCCUUGCAGCCUGACCUCAUUCGAGCUCGAGGCAUGGGACUCACGAUGGCGGAUCAAGAGACGUUAUGUAAGAGGAAAGAGUGA